AUGCAGGACUUCUUGCAAGAGGAUGCAGAUGAGAAGCAAGGGUUCGAGAUUGUCGUCCUGGUUGUCGAACGAGGUCGCUGGUCGGUGUCGGACGAAUCGGUUGAGAAGCUGCUCGCCCUGCUGAGACAUCCCUCAUCGAGAUCGAAACUCUCUGUGUUGGUCUGCUUUCCGGAUCGUCUGCUGAGAUACCACAAGGGAUGUAACGUGACUAGUGAUGUUUGCAGUGCUUUCAUGCGGCACAACACAUGCAAGGCUGCUAUGCGCCAUGGAAAAGCGGACGAGCUGGAAUGGAAGGUGACCAAGCGCGGGUGUCUGCACUCCCCUGGCAAGGGUUCUCCUUAUGCUGGAAGAGUUCUCCUGCCUGAAAGGUUUGACGAUCGCGUCAAAAUCCUGUCGGCCCUGUUGGAGCUGAGGUACCUCAAGUCAACGACCUGGCGAAGUUUGUCCGAGUGGCUAGCGACUUUGACAGCCGAGCUGAUACCCCAGCUGAAGACCCUGUGCGAUGUGGACGAGGUGGGAACUGUGAUGUCCUGCGGGCGUGAGGAGGUGAAGAAUGUGCAGGAGGAAGGCUUCAUCGUGUGGAAGGAGGAGGAGUCGCUACGGACCUUCGGACUCGCUGUGGAAGAGUUUAGCACGGGAAGCCUCUCGUUCGAUCCCACGACCUUCGAUCGCUUGUGUGCUGGUGGCGUCGGGUCGGCAGAGGCUCUUGUCUGCCGCAUGUCCAGACUUGGUGUCGUUGACAUGACAGCUGUCCUCGAUGUCCUCCCUCCCGGCGACCACCCGCUCUUCGCAGCGUCAGGCUACAACAUGCGGCUGGUGGGGAUGGCGCAGCAACGAGACAGAGAGGAGGGGAUGCGAGAGCUCGUCCUCCUCCUCCUCCCAGCUGUCUUGGAUGCUCUCAAUGACGUCUGCCUCGAAGACUUCAUCCUCUCUUCCGACUUCGCUUCUCCUCGCCUUGUCCACGAGCCGCUGAGGGUCUGGCACGAGCUGUGGAACGAGCUGGGCCGACAUGUUUGCGGCUUGACUGAGCUGGGGGACAAGGCGAUUCUUGGGGAGACGCUAACGCUGUUGAGAAGCACCUUGUCCGACGUUUACUUCUUCCACUUCCAUCAAGACUUGGAGAGCGACGAGCUGCCGAUGGUGACGUGGCACGUCAACGUCAACAAACCGACGAGAUCUGCCGCUAUCGCCUCCCCCCCUGACGUCUCUUCCCCCGAGUCGCCGUCCGAGCCGCGGGCAAGGGGGGGAGGCUUGAGACCUUCCUUGGGCCCUGGCCCUGAUGCUGCUGCUCACGAUGCUAAGGAGCAGCGAACAGAGGCGACGAGCUUCCUGUCUUACCUCAAGGAGCAAGAGGCUGCGUUCACAGCAUGGCGAUCGGAACGAAGAUACGCGGAGAGUGUGGAGCAAGGGAUCAAGCAAUCGGUGCAGGCUAGCUCAGAGAAACUGGAGUCUCUGAGAACGACAGGCUGGACGAGUUUCAUCUCUUUCCUCGGGACGUUGGCCACAUCCACCUCGAAUAAGGACGACGAGGGGCAGGGGAACAAGCGGGAAGAAGUGAAGAGAAGAGCAGACGUUGGAAGGAUGUCAACGCCGGUGAGGAAGAGGAAGGUGGAGGAAAAGCCCUGCGAGCACGCUGGCCGUCAGACCACCAGGGUCAAGUCACAACCUCCUCCUCAGCACUAUCGUUCAGUCCUUGGCAUCGUCAUCGCCGUGAAGAUCCUGCGAGGGUCGGAGCUGCACGUCGAAGUCGUGCGGGUGGUGCCGGGAACGUCGGCAGGACUGAUGGGAGAGAUAGCGAUCGGAGACAAGAUCAUGCAGAUCGAGGGGAGGCGAAUCGAGGAGAUCUGCGGGGGCAAGCAUGUGUCGAUGAGUCAAGCCGUCAAGACUGUGAAGCAGUUUCUAUACCUCGAUCGCGACAGAACUCAUCUAGAAAUUCUCACCUCCGACGGCCGCGAACGAUCCAUCGCCAUCCCCCGCCGCCCUCCCCUCAUCCCCGCCAUCAUGAGCAGGCAGCAUGGGGAGUUCGGCAUCCUGUUGGGAGCCAAGGACGAUCGGGUGUACGUGCGGGGGGUCCGGGUGGGGAGCUGCGCAUUCUUGAAAGGGAUGCGGAGUGGGGUGGAGGUCAGAGCGAUCAACGGGAGGAAGAGCGAGGCAGCAGCUGUGAAGGAGUACAACGCGAUGAACAAGGGACUUGUUGGGUACAGGAUGCGAAUCGAGGUCAGACCUUGGAAGGACUGGGAUGCAGAGGAGGAGCAGGAGGAGGAGGAGGAGCAGGAGCAGCAGCGCUUUGAGCUGAUUCGAUCUGUAGUCUUGCAGCAAGAGCAGAUAGAAAUCGCCGCCGAUGCACCAGAGGUCGGGAGCAAGCAGAAGUCUUACCAGAGACAACCUCAGGAGGAGGGAGCGGAGGAGGAGUUGGGGGGCUGGGAGGGGAACGAGGAGAAAAUGAAUGGACCUGGCGGUUCACAGCAACAAUACUCGAGGAUCAAUCAAAUUGAUGAGAAGAACGAGGGGGUCGACGAGAGGCAACAGCAGGCAGCAUGCAAGCGGCAGGGCAGGCGGAGGGGAGGGGUGGACAAGGGGCAGGAGCCGAGGCCAAGACAGAUGGAGGAGAGAGCACGAGAGGAGCUCAGCAAGAGAGCGCAGGAAGAGGUGCAUGCGCUGUUCCAACAGGAUCAGCUCGAGACAGAAGUGAAACAGCAUGGGAGCUCUAGGAACGAGCGAUAUGAGUUCUGCUCUCGUGGGAGCGGAGCCUCAGAUCAAGAAGCCGGGAAGCAACAGCGAAGAAGGGUCUACAUCGACUCGAGCUCCGAGGACGAGGCUCCUGACACAGACCUUCAAAAAGCUCAUGAGGAGAUGAACAUGGUCGACUGGUGUUCGUUCCGAGUGAGGAGUCGCGUGUCCUCAAAGAUGCAUCGCUCCUACAGCAACGAUGUCGCCGCUGCACACAAGAUCGACUUCGACAGACACCCGCUCUGCUACCUCGCCGAGCGAGGACCGAGUGGAGGGGAGAGGCUGUAA